GACAAAAUUAGGGCACGUAGGUGGACAUCGACUUUGUAACUAUAUCAGAUCUUUCUUAUUUCAGUUUCCUAUGCAUUAUAGAAGUGAUAAUGCGAGUACGGUUAAAAGAUAAAAUGAUGACGAAGGGCUCGAUCCGUACUUUACUCCUUUGCGGCCAGUGUUUCUGUUAUAAUCAGGCAAAAUUAGGUUACACAGAUGGACAUUAGCUUCAUAACAAUAUAGAAGUGAUAAUGUUAUAAUAGUGACAAUGUGAUAAUAGGUUAAAAUAAGGUGGUUGACUGCGUUGAAGGCUGUGCUCCGUACUUGGCUCCUCCGCGGCCAGUGUUUGUGUUGGCCAUGGCGCGGCUCUCCGUGCUCAGCUGCUCCUGUUGUCUCAAGGCUCUGUGGACGCCGGAGGAGAUGGAUCAACACACAAGAUCACAAGAAAUAGAUAAAAUUCUACAAAAAGAAAGGGAAAGGCUCAGAAGACAGGUCAAACUACUGUUGUUGGGUGCUGGGGAGUCAGGCAAAUCAACCUUCCUCAAGCAAAUGCGUAUCAUCCAUGGCUAUCGCUUUGGACUCGAGGAGAUCGAUGAAUAUAGAGAAACCAUUUACAAGAAUGUUGUUAUGGGUAUGAAGGUUUUACUGGAUGCAAGAGACAAACUUCGGAUACCAUGGGAGGACGAGUCUCGGGAACCCAUUGGACAACACUUGAUGACGUACAUGGGAUCCAUGCCUUUGGAUAGACACUCAUUUUUGGAAUAUGUCCCUGGCAUUAAGGAACUCUGGAAGGAUUCUGGCAUAAGACAAGCAUACAACAGAAGGGCAGAAUAUCAGUUGACUGACAGUGUUUCCUAUUUCUUCGAUUCCUUAGACAGAAUAGGAGUGUUGGAGUACGCACCCAUAGAGAAGGAUAUUCUCCACUGCCGCAAAGCCACCAAAGCAAUCACAGAGUUUACUAUCCCUAUCCAAAAUGUUCCCUUCCUCUUUGUGGAUGUUGGAGGCCAGAGAACACAGAGACAAAAGUGGUUUCAGUGCUUUGAGAGUGUCACCUCCAUCAUCUUCCUCGCCUCAUCUUCAGAAUUUGAUCAGCGGCUCUUAGAGGACAGGGUCACAAAUAGGUUAGAAGAAUCUCUCAACAUAUUUGGGACCAUAGUCAACAAUCGCAAUUUUCGUGAUGUUUCCAUAAUUCUCUUCCUCAACAAGACAGACCUGCUCAUCCAGAAAAUAAGGUCACGGCAAAGCAAUCUUGCUCACUACUUCACAGACUUUGUGGGUAAUCCACAUGAUGAGAGGUGUGUCCAGCAGUUCAUUCUGCACAAAUUUGUGGAGCAGCGGAGAGGAGACAACACCCGCCGCCCUCUCUUCCAUCACUUCACAACAGCCGUGGACACAGAAAACAUUAAGGUUGUGUUCAAUUCUGUUAAAGAUACAAUACUUCAAAGAAAUCUAGAAACACUAAUGCUGCAGUGAAACAUUGCCGUAUUUUAUGAAGGCAAAACAUGUUUAUACAAAAAUGCAACUCAUAGAUAUAAAUAUAAGAACUAAUUACUUUUUACCAGACACAGUGAUAUGCGAAAGAGGAAGCUGUACUGUGGAAAUAUAUUUUAUAGUGAGGCUUUGAAAACUGCACAAUUUCACCAAAGGUUCAAUAUGAUCACUGUUCUUACAUAGCUAAUGAAGGCGAGACACAGUGGUAUAGUAUAUCAUGCAGCUGCUUUUCCAGGUUUGUCUCAAACCAUAGUGAUUUAAAGUGUCUCAGCAAAUGCUCAGUUCAUGCUGCAAUCUUUUGUUAUCAUUUAUUACUUUAUAGAGGGACCUCAUCAAUUCAGCAUAUUAUUGAUGGAAAUACUGGAAGUCAGAUAUAUUCCAUUCUUUAUGAUAGACUGAUUCUUAUAUUAAGAAAAUUUUGAUUUAAGUGAAAGCUUUGUAGUUAACUGAAUCUUUAUGCCAGCCUUAUUGCUUUCCAUAAGCAUGUAAUUUUAUUUUUGUUGUUAUUAUAACACAUUUUAAUGCAUUUUAUAGCAUGGCCACCACAUCUGCCUUAUCUUAUUGUGUACGAGGUAGGUCAUGUUAUAACAGUUAAAGGUGCAGACAUGGUCCCAAAGUAACACUUUUCACAUGACAAAAAUAAAAAAAAAUUUAUUGGUUUGUGAAAUUUUUGAGGCUAAAGCUAUUGAGCAUGCUGAAUUUAUGAAGUCCCAAUGUGUGUGUGUGUGUGUGUGUGUGUGUGUGUGUGUAUACUAGAGUGCCUGCAUGCAUGCGUUUGUGUAAGUUGUGAGUGUUUUUUCCAUACACCUUCAUAUGGCUACAGGUGCAUACACGCACAAAUGAAACUUGUAACAUGGAACAAAAAUGCACAAAACACUAUAAAUAGACAUUUUGUAAGAUUAUUCUGAAAGCUUUAUACAUUUUGAAAUCUUUAAAGAGAAGCAGAAAGUUUGCUUUACUCUGUUGGUGGUGCCAAGUUGUUGCAGCAGCUCAGUAAGUUAAUAUAAUGUAUAUAAUGUAAUAUAAUAGUAUUAAUUUUCAUUGAUUGUACAUAUAGAGUGGCUCACAUUCAGCUAUAUGAAGACACCAUAUAUAUAUAUAUAUAGAUAUAUAUAUAUAUAUAUAUAUAUAUAUAUAUAUAUAUAUAUAUAUAUAUAUAUAUAUAUAUAUAUAUAUAUAUAUAUAUAUAUAUAUAUAUAUAUAUAUAUAUACACACAAAGUAUAUAUUCACACUAUGAACACAUUCAUCUGAAAUCUAAAGAUAUCUUGGAUUUUAUGUUUGAAGUCAUGCUUGCACAAUAAUCACAGUUGUUAUAGGAUUUGUUUUUCAAGUUUUGUUGCUUGUCCAAUUGGAAGAUUUGAUUUUACUUGUAUGGUGUGAUAUUUUUUUUCUUUUAUAAGGUACAUUUCAAUCAAAAAGUUGAACAUGUGAUGCUACUUAUUUUGAGAAAAAGAAGCAUAUACCUUGACCAUUUUUAUACAGAAGAUGCAUUCUCUUGGGCUGCAGUGCUGGUAUCUUAAAAGAAGCUAUUAAAUUACUAAGCUGGAACACAUUUAGAAUUAUAUGUAGUACAUAAGAUUCUGAGUUAAGCAAUGUUACAGCUGAAAGUAGUCAAGCCAAGGCAACCAAACCAUGUUAUGCAGCCAAUGUUGGAGCAAGUUUCUGCUGAUGUGUUGUGCGUAAAGGCUGUUGCUUCAUGUCACAUCUGAAUGGUAGUUUAUCCAUAAAAUUAAAUGUGACAAUAUGUAAAGUGUUAUUCACAAUGUUAAGAACAUAUUUCAAGGGAUCUUUGAAGUCAGUGUAAAAAAACUACUCAAUGAAUCUGUCUCAUAUUGUGAAUGUUCAGCAAUAUAUGAAAACAUUGAUAUAGGUUGGAACAACAACUUGAAAGAAGCUUCUCAUGUAAUCACUCACAUGUGGACUUUUACUGGCUUUGCUUUCUUCUUGUUUUUUGCACAACCUUCUCCAAUCUGUCAUGCUUUAUUAUUUUUAACAGGAAGCUAAAAAGUGUAUUAUGAUAAAAUUAACUCUAAACACAAUAGCAUGACUUUCUGUGAAAAGAUGUGUUUAUAAAGGAUGAAGACAUUUCCAAGGAAUUUAGCAGAUGUUACCUGCUGUUUUAACUGUUAUUCAAUUGGUUUCCACUUUUUUUUCCAGGGGUUAUAUUAUUUAACAUGCACCUCCAGUGACUGCCAAUUGUGGAUUAACAUCACAUGAUGUUUUCUUUUCUUUGAAAUACAUUCUCCCCAAAACACAAAGAUGCAGAUUCAGUCAAAAAAGAAAAUGUCUGUAUGCAAUAAUCAAUUAUAGAGAACAGAUGACAUAAAAAAUUGAGCACAAUAAAGAAACACUGUCAAAGAUUGCAGCUUGACAGUGGGAAGAUGAAAAGUUCAAUGAUGAAUUUAGACUGAAAGUCACCAUAAGAUGCUGAUCUGGCACAAGGCCUUCAUUAUUUUCAACCCAAAUGUUUAAUAGAGGCACAACAUUCUAAAAAUAAGAGCAAUCAUCUAAUCAGUGAUAAAAGACAAACGGUUAUAUCACAACUUUCAGAGGGGUAAUUACUGAAAACAUUGGUUUUGUUUCAGAUUGAGAAAAUUGUUAUACAAAACCAUUAAAUGAGUGUCCUUGCAGAUUGCCAAAAUUCCAAAAAAUUGUAUUACAAAAAGUAUUAGGUAAUUUCCUCUUAAAUACCCAAGAUAUAUAUAUAUAUAUAUAUAUAUAUAUAUAUAUAUAUAUAUAUAUAUAUAUAUAUAUAUAUAUAUAUAUAUAUAUAUAUAUAUAUAUAUAUAUAUAUAUAUAUAUAUAUAUAUAUAUAUAUAUAUAUAUAUAUAUAUAUAUAUAUAUAUAUAUAUAUAUAUAUAUAUAUAUAUAUAUAUAUAUAUAUAUAUAUAAAGAUAGUCACAAGAUAGCAUUGCUCACUGAGUGAGUUUAAUUGAAUUUCAAGAUCCCAGCCCUAGUUGCUGUUUAUUAGAUCUCAAGACCUCCAAGAAGUAUGAUCUGUAUGACUACUUUACUACAAAUUAGUAUAAAAUUAUUAACUUUUGCUGUAGAUGCAUCUGGUACUCACAAAACUCACCAUCUGUUGUACUAUAAAACAUUCUUAUCAUUCAACAUACCAAAGUAGGCAUGUGUGACUGAGUAUAAUCAUCAAUUCAAUUUAGAAGUGCUAGUAAUGAUCUUUCUAAGUUAUGAGCUAGGUUGAUAUACAGUAUGACCAUGGAAGUGUUGAUGACAAAGGAAUUUGCAUAAUCAUUGCUAGACAAUCCUCCAUUAUGAUCAAAAUUUAUUUAAAAUUCCCUAUUUACCUCAGGUACUAAGCAUGCAAGGUAAAUAACCUAAUGGGUACAUCAUUUUCACAUUAUUUUGUAUUAUUGUUAAAUUGAUUUUCAAAGAUUUUUACUUAAAUGUACCUUGUGUUUGCAUUACAUAACCAACUUAAACUUCACAACAUUUUCUUUGCAUGCACACUGAUCUCUCAUUCAUGCAAACACUCCUUUUUUAUCUUUCCUCCAUUUUUCCUGUAGCCUUUAGACAUUUUUUGUGAGCCAGGAAUCUUUUUUUAUAGUUGACAGUGUCUUAAUUAAUUUCACAAGUCUUGCAGAAGCAAAAAUAUGUUACCACAGUGGCUGCAAAUAUUUAUCAAAUUCACAAGUUGAAGUAGUAUCAGGGUGUUACAGAUUAUAUAUUAUUCAUAUGCAUCACAUAUAAAUCAGAUUUCACCGUAGUUCAUAGCAACAUAAGAUGGAAAGAGAAGGAGGUUAAACCUAUGCUUUGUAAUCCCUUCAUUUUGUGAUUGAAUCCCUUAGAUGAAAAUGUAUAUCUCCAUAUUCUGUGAUCCAGAGUGAAAUGGUACAGCUUAAUCUGAUACCUAUUUAAAGUUUUACGUUGUGCGUUUGUGUGUGCGUCUGUGUAUGCAUGCAUGUGCAUAUUCAUUCAUGUAUGCAUGCAUCCAUCCUUUUGAGUGCCCAUGUACACAUACAUGCAUUCUGGCUUCAUUCAUCCACACAUAUACAGUUAAUGUCAGUUCAAUCCAUUCAGCUUUAUGAAGGUUAAAUAUUUCAUUGCAUUUAAAUAUAUUUGUUUUUUUGUUAAUAAAAGACAACUACAGUAAUUUUCUGGUAAAGUAAUGCUUACAUAAAUUUUGACAAUUUCAUCUUAGGAAAAUAAUGAUGUUAAGACAACUUGUUGAGAAGAAUUAUAAGUACACAUUAAGCAGAAGCUGGAAUCCUGAUAUGGUGCAUCUUUCACAAAUUCUAUCAUAAUUUUUAACUUCAUUAACUGUUCAGUAAUGAAAGCAUUACCAGAGUUUAAUGUUGUAUCAAGUCAAAUAGCUACAUAUAUAUGAUUUAAUUGAUAAUUAGACUGGUAUGUACCUUUUAUAACCAAUCAUAAGCAAUUUUCAGUGAUUACGAUGAUAGAUUAGAUAGUGGAAUAUCUUCAAAGUGAAAAACGGUUUAAACCAGUGGUUCCCAAUCAUUUCCAAUGCCUGGCUUGUGUUAACAACUCAGGUCAUUCCAGCCCAUUGAACUUUCUGCUACUUGAAAAGUAUUAUCUCAGCUCAUGUACUAAUGCAACACAAACCUUUAGAUGCUUAGUCAUGUGAUUACCUCAAAAUUAUCCUUAUAAGUGAAGGCUUGUAUUGCAUCGUAAUUUUCAGAAAAAUGUAUGUAGGAUUACGUGCAUGACAGUCAAUCAGAAAUAAGGUUAAAAUACUGAGUUUAUUCAUGCACUUGGUCACCAGUCCACCAACACAAAGUCCACUUAAACAAAGAUGUCAUGUAAAUUGUAUCAAUAGAGUGGGCGAGUAUUCGAGAAAGAGUUGGCUGGCAAGGAAUUGAGAGGGAGUGCCAGAACUGGAAAAGUUGGAGAUGCUCCUGCCUUGGCCACCCCUAUGAGAGAAGUUCCCAUAACUAAAGAGGGUAUCAGAGGUACAGACAUGUAAUGGACAUUUGAAGGAUCCCUUCAUACAGAUGACUUAUGGUCCUUAAAAGACUCAUGAAAGUAGAAUCUUUCCUGUGGUAAUAUUAGCUUCAGUGCAUGGUUUAUAGUGGAAAUAUGAUGCUGUCUUUUUAUGUUCAGCCUGCAGAAGUUAUUAGUAUAGCUGUUUUUGCAUAGUAUGGAUGGAAGUAUUCAUGCAGGAAUUUUAGUUCUUUUCAUUUUAUCACUAUGUCUACGAAUUGAAGAAAAUAUUGGUUUCAUAGUUAUGGGCCUUCCACGGCCAAUUUAUGGGCUGAUUCCAUAGGUUGGGAACCACUGGUAUAAAUCAUGAAGGCUUUCUUACAAAAUAUGCGUGGAAUGGCUUCCAAGCCACUGUUUAUGUGGUCAGGGGAAUGUUUGGCAAGAAAUACUUCCCAAUAACAGUUUGUGCUACUGACAAACAAAAACAAAAUUAGUAACAUUUGGAUUAAGCAGCAAAAAUAUCAGUGUAGUGUUAUAGCAUGUAACUCAGCAUUGAGAUGGAGAUGACCUUUAUCAUUAAUCAUGAUUAGGUAAAUAUGUGGAGGUGAAGUGUAUCAUUAAAUUUGAGAGGCUACGUUAAAUUUGGUGUGAAGAAAAGUAGUGCUGGUUACAUGGAUUUGUCAUUUUUCAUACACAUGCUCCUCACUUUUGUCAGUCAAUACUGAAUCAUGUAACAUGUUUUAAAGCAAGAAUUGUGUAUAUAAUAAUAGAAGGGAACAUUAAGUUAUUUAUAACAUCUGCAUCUCACCUAAUGCUAGUAUACCUUGACUUCUUAUCAGGCUUUUUAAACACAAAAUCACUAUACUCAGUGGCCGGAGUGAGAUGAAAAAAACAAUUUAUUGCUCAGGAAUAUCACAAUAAAAUUAUCUAAUUCAUAGUUAAACCAGCAUAAUAUUGAUAACAUGCAGGAUAAAGAUAAAAACAGACAAAUAAAGGGACAUGUGUAUCACUGGAGACAAACUACACAUUUGAUUUAUAACUACUGUGUCAUCUGACAUGAUUUUAUAGCUUUACAUACUGCACACACCUCAGGAUAAGACAUGAGGGAGUUAUAUUAAUUGUCUUCACGCAUCACUCCCAGAAUAAUCAUUAUUCUUAAUUUCCUCAUUGAAGAUAAUCAUAAUUUAUCAUGCAAUGGCUGGCAUAUUAUUAUUAUUUAUUUACUUUUAUGUUCAAUGAAUAUGGGUUUUCAAAUAUCAGAAAUUUCUGAAGAAUGAACUUAUUAUUAUUCAUGUUUCUGAAUUUAGAAUUGUGCACUGUAGGUCACAGAAACUUUAAGAUUCACUUUCUGAAUUGUGCAGCUGCACCCCCUUCUCAAAUUCAAUAUUCACUUAGAUUUGCUUCUCAAUGAUUCUAUUGCCUUCUACAUUCUUGUACCUCUUAAUAUGCACUGACUGAAAAUAUUUACUGUUUUUGCAACUUGUAAAGUCACAUUCCCUUAAGGUCAGGUAUAUACUCCAAUAAUAUGCCAUCUCUAUCCUCUGAUCAUGAGCCUAAUUAACACUAGAAUGUAGUUGCAUUCCCAUAAGAGCCAUUAUUUUCAUCGCCAGUAAAGAUUAAUCUCCUGUACCCAUUUUACUUCUUUUACCAACACAGUGCCAUACCUAAUCUCAGCUUCAUUUUUGUUAAUAUCUUGUUAGCAAUAGUUCCCCUGCUCUGAUUUGAAUUUGAUGUUUAAUAGUGAAAGUUCCAAAGAGUAGAAAUUAUAUUUAAAGGUUGAUUAUGAUCAGAAUCUGUAGUGCUCAUUGCUAAUUCAGUAUGGAGUUCAUGUGAUGAAGGAAUAUCAAAGUGAGGACUGUGUAUUUCAAAGUUCUUUAAUACGCUCAAACAUUGUGAUGGAACUAUUAUAGGCUGUAUGUAAAUAAGAUUUUUUUGCAGGGCAUCAGAAAUUGCCGCAAUUCCAACUACUUAAAAGACAUGAUGCUUUGGGUGCUAUGAAGUGUGACACAAAUUUACGUCUUGCUGGGUGUUAUAAGCAUCACAAAUGCAAGCUGCACACCAUGUUUGCAAGAAUGUACUGUACCAAAAUAUGGUAUAUCAUAGUGGCAGCAAUAUUAUCACAGUUUAAUGUAUAUUUGUAAGGAAUAUUGUCUUUUUUAUAUUGAAAUAUUUAUUAUGCUAAAUGUAAGUAAAAACUGCCAAUGUUCUAAAUAUUCAAGUGGUGUUUAUUUAUAAUAGAUGCUUUUAUUUCUUCUCACUUUCUUUUCCAUGUAAUAUUUAAUUGGAAAGGUACACAGAUGUUUAGCUACAGUCAAUGGCUUUACAUGUAUAUAUAUUUUUCUUACUUUUCUGUAGAAGAUAACACUUAAUGUACAUAUUUUUGGGUUAUAAAGACUUUAUUCAGAGAACUCAUAAUACUAGGAGGUAUAGCUGUACCCUUUUUAAGAUUACUAAUUGCUACAGUUAGGUAUCAAUUAAGUUGUGUAACAUUGGCAGUCUUGCCUUUUAACAAAAAACAAUAAAUUAGAUCACUUUUGCACAGUUAAGAAAAUAUUGGUUCAAAUUUGUUAACAAAAUUGUAUAAAAAUGUUUCUAGACUUUACAUUAUGUUGCAGUUGAAGUACAGCUCAAGGUCACCCAAGUUUCUUCCAGGUAGUGCAGGAGGAGCCUUAGAUGAAGGGCCUAACAAUCUCAAGGAAUUAAAAUUUUUAUUUUCAUUAUUGCUUACUUUGUUUCAGAAUUAUUUGCUAUUACACUCCAUGAAUGUUCCAAGUAAGUCAUAUAAAUUUGUGAUUAGAAGUAUACUCUGCUCUUUCGAAGAGACAGAAAAUAUCCCAAUAUCUUUAUUUAGUGUCUAUUGUGAGGUAAUUGGUUCAGAUCUGAUCCAAUCAGUCCAUAAUUGACCCUCUCUCUUUGGACCCUCGUUCAAUUUUCUUUAUAGGAGCAGUACCUGGCAGGGUCUUUCUUUUUUCUUUUUUUCUUUUGAGUUGCUUCCUCAGCUGUAAAAAAAUAAUGAAGCAGCUACAGCAAAGUAGCUUUACUGUUUAAAAUUUACAGUUGAUUCGUUUUUGCCACUAUAGAGCAUUUCUGCACCAUUUUGUUUGGAGUGUAUUAUGCUUCCAUGAUUUGCUUCCAGUUUCCAGAUGUAAAAAGGUUUUGCCUAAGGAACAAUUUUCUAAACUUCAUUCUAUUACAUAAUCAGUUAUGAUGAGUUUUCUUAUAGUUAUCCAUUUAGAUUAUAUUUACUGACACACACACACACACACACACACACACACACACACACACCAAUGAUGAUACCAACUUUUUUCUUAUUACUUUAUCUGUUAAAAUGUCAUACUUUUUUUAUAUACCUGGAACAUUGUGAAAUUUAACCACUGUAGUUAAGUAACUUUUUAGGUUUGAUUAAUAUUCUGUCAAACUAACUAUACCCACAGGCAAAUCAGUUAUGCUUCAGACUUUUCUUGCAGAAUUAUUCCAGUGGGAAAUUAUCAUGAGUUACUGAUUUCUCACAAAAAUAUCCAUAGUUGUCAUUCCAUAAAUAGUGUUUAGCAAGAAAAAAAAUCUUUUUCUAAAGUCACUGUUCAAACCUACCAAGCAAGGGCCAUUCAUUAUUGGUGUGUCUUGAAUGGGGUGUUCCCUUGGUCCAUUUAUUAUGGUACAGCUUUAAGUGAUUUCAAGCAUUUCAUUCCAGUACCUGGGAACCCACAAGAAAUAUUGAUAUUACAUGUCUCAUUAUUUUUGCAAUUUUAUAUGUUGUUUUUUGUCUUGAAUGUGUUUUGUGUGCAUACUAUUACAUAUUUGAUAUUAUUUUUACUAUUAUUAUUUUUAUUAUUAUUAUUAUUAUUAUCAUCAUCAUCAUCAUCAUUAUUUGAUAAACCCAGUGUGUGAUAGUUGGAUGUAUGUGUAUAAAAAUACAUAUGAUUAAUUUUACUGAAAGAUCA